AUGGCCAAAAAGAAGAACAACAAAUCUAAGAGUGCCGCUAAUAAGCCAUUGCAGGAUACUGUAACCAAACCACAACAGGAUACAAUUUCUAAUCCAGAGCCAGCCAUUGAUGAAAAUGAUGAUAACAACACGACAUCUAAAACUGUUCAGGAACCAACCAAUGACAUUUCACAACAAGAACAAAAAGACAUUGAAACUAUACAGGAGAAGGAUCAAGUCACAAAACCCGUUGAAAGUCCGUCUUUGAUCAAUUCAGCAGAGGUUGAAACUGAAAAAUCACCAGAACCUAUUGAAGUCAGUGAAUCCAUCAAAAUUGAGCCCCAACAAGAAGAUGAACCAAUUGUGAAAGAACAACCCAUUGAAAUAGUACAAGAGCCAAUAGCACCAACUGUCAAGAAAAGGUUGACACUUCAAGAAAGAUUAGCUCUUGCCGCUAAAAGUGGAAAGUCAAAAAGAUCAACUUCAGGUGCUAAUGCCACUGAUGAUAAAAAACUAAGAGUUGUAUCUCCAGAACCAUCAACUAGAGAAACAAGCAUUGAACCGCAAACCUCUGAGCUUUCAAAAGUUGCAACACCUAUAUCAGAACCAAUCUCAGCAGUUUCUACAAGAGAUUCUUCUUUGGAUAUUAAAAGAUCAGAACCAAUCACUUUGUUUCCAAAAGAUUUUAAAAAUCUACCUGUUGAGGAGUUACAGAAACUUAUAACUGAUGCAGAAACUAAAUUUUCAGUUUUAGAAUCCAAAAAUGAAUCAUUAACCAUUGAAAAACAAUCAUUACAAGAAAAGAUAAAGAAUAUAUCAUCUUCAAUAUCUGCUACAUCAUCAUCAUCUGCUUCUGCUCAAAUAAUCAAAGAAAAAGAUGAGAAAAUUGCACAAUUGUUAAAAGAAGGUGAAAAUUUAUCAAUGAAGGAGCUAAAAUAUACAAAUACUAUAAAAAGAUUGAAAUCCAUUGAAGCUGAUAAUGAUAAGGAAAUAUGGAAUUUGAAGAACACAGUGGAUUCUUUAGAAGAUGAAAAGAAAAAAUUUAAAGAAGAAAAUAAGAAAUUAAAAGAUAGUGAACAACAAUUCUCUGUUAAAUCCAAAACAUUACAAAUCCAAUUAGAUAAUGAAAAAGAAUCAUUACAAGAGGAAAUCAAUAGAAACAAAGAAUUAUCAAAGAAAAUAGAAGAAUUGAGUCAGGUUUUAAUUCAAGAGAAAAAUCAAGCUUCAAAUAUAAUAAAUGAACUGAAAAGAUCCUUGGAAAAAGAGAAACAAAAAGCUCAAACCGCUCAAGAGGAAAGCAUGGCUGAGAUUAAUAGAUUAGAAAGUAAAAUAGAACAAUUACGUUAUCAAAGUGAAAAUGCUCAAGCUCAUACAACUACAAAUGAUGAAAGUUAUUUGAAAUUGAUUAGACAACAUGAUACUUUACAAAAUCAAUACACUUCAGCUACAGAGAAUUGGCAAAGUAUUGAAGCUUCAUUGAUGAGCAAAAUUAGUAAUUUUGAAACUAGCUUAUCUUCAUAUCAAGAAAAAUUGAAAUCCAGUGAAGAGAAGAAUGAUAUUUUAUCAAAUGAUUUAAGAUCGAAAACUUUAGAGAUUGAAAAUUUGACAAAAGAUUUGAAGAAUUUACGCUUAGAAUUAUCAAGAUGUCAAAAUAAACUUGAUCAAUCAACCAAAGAUUAUGAAGAAUUACAAACCACUCUAGAAUCAAAAGAAAUUUCAUUCAAUAAAGAGAAAGCUGAGCUUGAAUACAAGGUUUCCAAUCUAGAACGUCAAUUCAAAGAUUCAAUCCAACCUCAACAUUUAACUGUUCAAUCAUCUUCAAACUUGGGAGAAUUCAGUCCCCAAAUGCCACAAAAUUCAUCAACACCUUCUUUCAGACGUGGAUUAAGUUGGGAUAUAGGAUUGGGUGAAUCAUCAACAACACCAAGACAGAGUCGUAAAUCGAGUGCUUUAUAUUUCCCAAAUUAUAGUCAAGCAAAUGGAUCAUUUGAAGAGAAAUCCGAAACUGCUAGUGAUUUUGAUGAUAAUGAUACAGUGAAUUCUCCAGUUUCACAAUAUCAUAAUGGUUCAAGGUAUGAUAAUAAUUCAUCAUCUGCACUUGGUGGUACUUCUGUUCAACUAUUGGGUAAGAUGAGUAGUCAAGUUCGUCGUUUAGAAACUGAACUCUCUACAAUGAAGGAAGAAUUGGAAAAAUUGAGUGAGGAUAAAAAAGCUGCAAAUGAAGAAAUUGUUAAAUUAAUGAAAGAUAAUGAAAAUGUUGGAUUUUAUAAAUCUAAAAUUGAAGAAUUAGAAAUUCAAGUUGAUAAUUAUUCAAAACGUCAUGAAAAGACAUUGGAAAUUUUAGGUGAGAAAUCUGAACAAGUGGAAGAAUUAAAAGCUGAUGUCCAAGAUUUAAAGGACUUGUGUCGUCAACAAGUCCAACAAUUAGUUGAUUUACAAACUAGAUGA